GUGAGUGGGCUUAUGUGAGUGGCCAUACCAUGGUGAAAGGUGAGGCAGAAAGUGAUACUGUUCCAGCUCCACAGCAGCUCUCAGCAGAACAUACGCAGUACUAUAAGAUGCUCUUCACUAUCAUAGGUGGAUCAUCAAAUGAUCUUUUUAAGUUGAUGUGUGAAGAUGUAGCAACGUCACCAGGCAUAACAUCAUUGGUUGGUCCAAUCGUCGGAGGAGUUGUGCGUGGUGCGCAGCGUGCCCGGCAGAAACCUCAUGUUCUUCGACGUAUACUGCUGGUAAUAAGAGCACUCUUAGUCAAUCCACAUCUACAUCUAGGACCACAAAAUUAUAUGCGAGAUAUCAUAAAUGUCUUGGUGUACUGUAUAAUUAUUGAACGAAAAAAUGCACAAGAUACUCAGAUGAUCAGAAGUUUGGCUUCAAAUGUGUUACUCCAGGUUGUAUCAAGACAGCCAGGGUGUCGUGGAACAUGGGAAACAGUGGUGACAAGCCUUGGAGGAGUAGUAGCAAGUAGCAGCUGUCCUUGGGGUCAACAUAUAGGAGCUCUUACAGGUCUCCUCAUCCUAGGUGCUCCAGCUAUAUUGCACAGCCUAACACCAAUUGCUCGACCAUACCAUGUCCGCCUCACUCAUGCUAUCUCACAAUCCUCCAUAACAACAUCUCGGGACAUUCAUGAUGCUCAUACAACAAAUUGCCUACUUCUAGCAGGAUUAGUGAAGGUUAUGUCCGCUUUUGUGAAAUGUCUUCCUGACAGUUUUGUAGUAUCUCCACCCACGAAGAACAUACUUCACACUUCUGUGAAACACAGCAGUGAUGAGUUUAUAACUCCAGCCAGCAUAGGUGAUAGUGAUGUAACUUUUGAGCAAGUACAGGAGAUAUACAAGUUGGGAGAAGAGUCUUUUGGAAGUGCCUUUGUUGUUCAAGUACCUGGUGUUUACCUUUGCUUCUGCCACGAUCAUAUUCCAAGCUUUCUUAAUUCAUCUGUGUACCGUGACCAAGCUAGCACAGGAGAUGCACUCCUUAACCCACCUGCCACAAAGAAAGCCAGAAAUAUAACCUGCCACUCUACUAAUAAGCCAAAGCCAAGAAGAAGUCAACAUGUAAUUCCUUCCCAGAUAUUUGAAGGUUACAAGUCACUGACAGAUAGGCCAGUAAAUAUUCCCAUGAGCAUUCGAAGCUGUGGGGAAAAAAGUGUGGAGAGCCUUAAGAAGAAGAGGAAUUCUCUUCCAGCAGUAAUUCCUCAUCCACACCGUGCUCUCCUGGCUCACUACAGUUCUCGUAUCACAGGCUGCAUGCCUCACAAUACCUUCACAAGACCUUUACAUCCGCCCCUUCGACCUGGAUAUUCUCUUCAAUAUCUUAUACUAUAAUCAAGUUACAGCACUCAUGGAGAGAAGUAAUUAUCUUAAUUACAGAAUAGUCUAAG